AAGCACGUUGUUACUCUCCUCCUCCAACGUGCUUGAUAGCUGAGGAACACCAAAUAUUGUCGAUAAUCGCACUAUGACAGGGGACAUUUCUUGUCUCUGAGGCUAAAGAUGCUCAGAGCUGUGAAAGUUCCCUGUCGACUGCACAUGGAUCGAAGGUGACGGUUUGCACAGGUACAAGCAAAAAUACCUCUUCCUCACUAUUCUGUUGUCUUGGCAUUGAAGUCGAAACACACCUCCACGAGGACGUUCACUUCACGCGAUAUCAACCUUGGAAGAGGUACUGUACAACAAGCAGUCGACAUGGACUCAUACAACGACAAUUCCGGCUUGCGCAUUGGGGCGGGAUCACGGCGGGAGUUCUAACGAUUGUGACUGAUUGGUCACAGUGCGCUUAGAUAAUCACCACCUGGGUUUUUCGGUGCUGAUCUUUUGGCUGAUUUGGGUGAUCGGCUUCCUCCGAGUGUCCAUAAGAAUCGACCAACUCACCACUUUCUCCACCAUCCCUCUUUCUCUGACAAUCCAUCGCCAUGUCUAACGUUUUCUUCGAUAUUGCUAUCAACAACGAGCCGGCUGGCCGCGUCGUCUUCAAGCUGUACGACGAUGUCGUUCCGAAGACCGCCAGGAACUUCCGUGAACUCGCCACCGGCCAGAACGGUUUUGGCUACGAGGGCUCUUCCUUCCACCGUAUCAUCCCCAACUUCAUGCUUCAGGGCGGUGACUUCACUCGGGGCAACGGCACUGGUGGAAAGUCCAUCUAUGGCGAGAAGUUCGAGGAUGAGAACUUUCAGCUCAAACACACCAAGCCUGGUAUUCUCUCGAUGGCCAACGCCGGAAAGAACACCAACGGCUCCCAGUUCUUCAUUACCACUGUCGUUACUUCCUGGCUCGAUGGCGCUCACGUUGUCUUCGGCGAGGUCGUCGAGGGCUUUGACAUCGUGAGGAAGGUCGAGUCUCUCGGUACCGCUUCUGGCAAGCCAAAGGCUACUAUUACCAUCGCCAAGUCUGGUACCGUCUAAAAUGUCUUCGCAUUUGAUGAUGGGGACUUUGUCUGUUUCUGUGGGGACGUAAAGAAGUUAUGAGAAGUCAACAAGAUAAAGGUUAUACUGUAUUCUGAACAGAGUCAUUGGACUGUAUUAAGAUAGUUGUGAUAUUCUCAGAUCGCUGUCGCUUCGAUUCGUGUUUGUGUUUGAAUUUUUGGCAUUGUACAUUCUCAAGGCUUCCAGCACGACAACAGCCAUUCGAACCUUUCGCAUUAACUUAUUGAAGUGCAUGACUUCACGCAAAUC